AUGGGUGUUCAGAAGAAGACAAGGAAGUUUGCUGAGGUCAAGCGAGUGAUUGGCAAGAACGAUGCGAGACGCAAGGAGAACCUGAAGAAGGCGGAGGAGGCCGUCGAGAAGGCCAAGCGCGAGAGAAGAGGAGCUGACGGCGAGAUCGUCCGCGAGAUCCCACAAGUCCCGUCUCAUAUGUUCUUCCAGCAUAACGAGGCCCUCGUGCCACCGUACAGCGUACUGGUAGAUACCUCAUUUUUCUCAAGGACCGUGCAAAUGAAAUUGCCACUCUUAGAGACGAUGAUGGACUGCUUAUACGCGACGUGCCACCCGAUUGUUACAGACUGCGUAAUGGCGGAGUUGGAGAAGCUGGGACCCAAGUUCCGUAUCCCUCUGCGUAUUGCCCGCGACGAGAGGUGGCAGAGAGCCAAGUGCGAUCACAAGGGAACUUAUGGUGACGACUGCUUAAUCAGCCGUGUUCAAAAAGACAAAAUCUACAUUGUCGCAACCAACGAUCGUGGCUUGCAGCAGCGUAUACGCAAGAUUCCUGGAGUCCCGAUCAUGAAGUGCGCCCGCGGAAAGUACCUGAUCGAGAGACUGCCUGGUGCUCCGGAGUAA